UGUGCGAGCGAGCAGGACGGUCCUCUCUCGGCAUCAGCGUCUGCUUGCAACGUUAGCACGUCGUUGGCGCGCUGGACCAAGUCGCCACAUACAGGUAAUCGUUAAAGGCAACAAGAUGCUGGUCCUUUUUGAAACCCCGGCUGGCUACGCCGUCUUCAAGUUGUUGGACGAAAACAAACUAGAAAAAGUUGACAAUUUGUAUCACGACUUUGAGACGCCCGAAGGUGCCAGUAGAGUUUUGAAGCUCAAACAUUUUGAAAAGUUUGCUGAUACAACAGAAGCUCUAGCUGCUACCACAGCAGCUGUUGAAGGUAAAUUAUGCAAGUCACUGAGAAAGAUGUUGAAAAAACAGUGUGCAGAAGUUCAGGAACAAUUGGCAGUCGCGGAUGCCAAACUUGGCAAUGCCAUCAAGGACAAAUUGAACUUACAGUGUGUCAGCAAUACAGCUGUUCAGGAGCUUAUGAGGUGUAUCCGUUGUCAAUUGGAUAGCUUGUUGGUCGGGUUACCUAAAAAAGAAAUGACUGCUAUGGCACUUGGUCUGGCUCACAGUCUUUCUAGGUACAAAUUGAAGUUUUCCCCAGACAAGAUUGACACUAUGAUCAUUCAGGCAGUUUGCCUGUUGGACGAUCUCGACAAGGAACUCAAUAACUACGUUAUGAGAUGUAGAGAAUGGUAUGGUUGGCAUUUUCCUGAAUUGGGGAAAAUUGUCACAGACAACAUUGCAUUUGUAAAAACUGUCAAUAUUAUUGGUACACGAGAAAAUGCCAUUCAAUCUGACUUGUCAGAUAUUUUACCAGAAGAUAUCGAAGAAAAAGUCAAAGAGGCUGCAGAAAUUUCCAUGGGAACAGAAAUUUCUCAGGACGACAUAAUAAACAUUCAACACUUGUGUGAUCAGGUGAUAGAAAUCUCUUCCUACAGGUCACAGCUGUACGACUACUUGAGGACGAGAAUGAUGGCUGUAGCUCCAAAUCUCACGGUAUUAGUCGGCGAAUUAGUUGGUGCUCGUCUUAUUUCACAUGCAGGUUCCCUUAUCAAUCUUGCAAAACAUCCAGCUUCGACUUUACAAAUUCUUGGCGCUGAGAAGGCUCUCUUCCGCGCCCUCAAAACUAAAAAAGACACACCAAAGUAUGGUCUUAUUUACCAUGCACAACUUAUUGGCCAGGCAACAACGCGUAACAAAGGCAAACUUUCGAGAAUGCUGGCAGCCAAGGCUUCAUUGUGUACGAGAGUAGACGCACUAGGUGAAGAUGGGAGCUUUGAGCUUGGUGCCGAACACAAAGUCAAACUUGAAAGUCGACUCCGAAUUCUCGAAGAGGGUAACAUUAGGAAAAUCACCGGUACAGCACGUGCCAAAGCGAAAUUCGAAAAAUUCCACACCAAGAGUGAAAUACUGGAGUAUCCGGCAGCCGCGGACUCGACGCUUCCACGCGGCGUUAAGAGACGGCACAGCGAAACUGAGGAACAGAAACCACUAAAGCAAGAAGAACCAGUAGAGGCGGAGGUUGAAGACACAUCACACACUAAAAAGAAAAAAAAGAAGAAAAACAAGGACGAGGAAGCAAUCGUUGAGCCUGUGGAGGUCAAACAAGAAGUGGAAGAGGCAGAAGUAACGCAGAAAAAAAAGAAAAAGAAAGCCAAGAAAGAUCAAGAAGAGGUUCAGGAGGCUGUCGAGACGCAAGAUGAACCUUUGGCAGUUGAUAGCGAGGCGCCACAGAAAAAAAAGAAGAAGAAAAAGAAUAAACAGGAUUAAAAUGGAA